UGGAUGGAGUGUUUUUUUGCUGGGCUGUCUGAACGCCCUCAGUCCGCCUGGGCCAGCCCGGCUCUCAGCCUGCGUCUCGGGGCUGCUGCUGCUGCUGCUGCUGCUGUAUCAGACGCAGCGCUCUCACCGACUUUUAGCGCACCGCUGCUCCAGCACCAUGGCCCAGGCCGCCCAGAUCAACAUCCUGGAGAUCAGCAGCCCCAUUCGGGUCGAGCACGACAAGAAGCGGCGGCAGUUUAGCAUCCGUCUCAACGGUUCUUAUGAUAGAGCCGUGUUGCUGUAUGAGUAUGUGGGGAAGAAGACUGUGGACCUGCAACACACUGAGGUGCCAGAUGCCUACAGAGGACGGGGCAUUGCCAAGCAUUUGGCCAAGGCGGCGAUGGAUUUUGUGGUUGAGGAAGACCUGAAGGCUCACCUGACCUGCUGGUACAUUCAGAAGUAUGUAAAAGAAAACCCCCACCCCCACUACCUGGAGCAUAUCAUCCACUGAGGGAGGAGGAUGAAUAAAGGAAGUGACAGACUCUUGUUACUUAUUGGAUGCUUUGGAUGGGCGGGGUGGGGGUGGCUGGGUAUUCCUGAUCGUUUUAACUGAGAGAGGUUUUGUGUGAGAGAGAAUGGAUACUAGAAAAGAAAGCAUCAGCAGCUGUCCGGGCGAUGUUAUCGAAGCGUCUGCUUUGGAGCUUGCCUUGUUUGAGAGUGGAUGAGGUGUACUAUGGAGGGGAUCAGUGGGCCUCUCUUUUUCUGCAGCACUCAGGACACCAUGGUUAGUAGAUCUUUCAGCCAACCAGCCAACAUGGAAGGGUCCACGGAUAACACCCAAGACAACCAUUGGAAACUGUCGGUUUUAGCUUGUCACGCUUCACAUGCCUCUCCAGCCCCAAUGCCUUCAGGUCCAGCGGUGCUUAUUUACACACACAGACUUGCUCGCACUCACCAACAUGCAAAAAUUAAUAACCUGUUCAAAUGAAACUUGACGUGUGGGAAGCAAAGGUCACUGUAACAACAUUACCAAAUCGCCACUGUGUAUUUUAAGUAUGUUUCAGUCCGCGUGGCAUGUUUUGUCACAAACCAGGGCCAGUAAAGUAGUUGAAGCUUCUGAGACAAUCCCUCUCCUGCAGACUACAGGGCCGAAACCUCUCAGGAUGGACACCUUAACACACACCGCUGCCCUUCAGCACAGGGAGCCUGUAAAAUGUGCUUGGGGUGUGUUUGCAUAACAGAAGCAUGCGUGACUUAUCUGUUGUCUGUAAGAGAGUAUGUGUUAUUUUUGUGUGUGUGUGUUUGUGUGUGCGCGUGUGUGUUAUUACCAUACCUUCCCCAUGGCCUUAUCAGAGAUGGUGACAGUGAAGGCCUCUAAUGGCCUUUACUAUCUCCACCAAAGCAGGGUGAGCUGGGUGCUCAAAUAACAGCAUCAAAAUCUGCCCUGUCAUUCAGACAGCCGUAGCAACACCGACGUCUCUGAUGAGGAUGAUGGUUGUUGUCUCUAAACGUUUAGAGGCUUGCCAUAGUCUGUUCUCUUUUGUUACUGUGGAAGAUUGUGACGAAAUAAUGUCUGAAAUUCAUCACGUUUUUACACAUUUAUGUACUCUAUAUCAAUAUUCUUGUUUUUAAAUAAAGAAAGGAAUAAAUAUA